AUGCAAUUAUCGACAGUUUUGCCGAUUUCAAAAACAUAUUCACGAACCAUGAAAACAACUCAUCUAUUAAUUCGAGUUGUCUCUACUGAAACAUUUACACGCCUACUAAAUCGUGAACGCUUUAUUUUACUUCAGCCACAAUGUGUCAUGCGUGCAUUUCAAAUAUGCAUUUAUCUACCAGCACUCUAUGAUGAUCCAUGGCUUAUAUUUAAAGGUAAAUAA